AUGCCAUCACAACAGCGGAAGUACGUUUGUUCGUUCUGUUCCAAGGCGUUCUCACGCUCGGAGCACAGAGCUAGACAUGAAAGGUCGCAUACUGGUAUGAAACCAUUUGAAUGUAAAGUUUGCAGACAUGCAUUUGUGAGAAGAGAUUUAUUACAGAGACACAUAAGAACAGUCCAUAGAGAGUUAUUACUUAUGAAGAAAGGUAUGGAGGAAGGUGGUAAUAAAAGUGAUCUUAUUGUAGAGUUGCUGGUUAAUUCAAUGAUUAAAGUUACGAAACGUGAAGGAAGUGGUCUCAGAGGUGAGAAGGCGGAAAUUCUUUCACGUCUAAUUGGCGGGUUUUUACCUGAAUCGAACUUAGGGGCGGAAGCCGCUGGCAAGAUGUUUGACUGCGGUGUAAGGUGUGUAGAGAGGAGGAUGCACUCACAAUUUGCCGCGCAGGUCGCAGCACAAAUUUCGGGCCCACUGGCUUCCUCUGCCCGUGCUCAGCAGUUUGUACGCUUAUGCACAUCUUCACCACUGAUAUUAGCCGUAGCGGCGCUAGGGGCAUGUGCAUCUGGUGAGGGUUGUGCCGCUGACUUAUGGCAAGUAGGAUGGAGUUCAUGCCUGAAAACGUCAACUAGCGAUAGGUAUCUGUCAUUAAACGUUCUAGUGUUUGCUCUAUUAGAUUUUGGUAUUAAACCAAAUUUUGCAGAUGUUUUCUCUGUUUACCAGCAUACAUGUUACGCAGUAAUGGUCGAUAGUCCAGGACAUGAACAUUUUCCUGAAAAAUGGACAGUUUUCCAUCAAUGGGUAAUUUUAAUGAGAUUUGCUGAAACCCAAACUGAAUUAACUCCAAUCCUUUAUGCAUGGUUCGAAAGACAAGAAUUGACCUUGGGAAAGACUUUGAAAGAUUGCCUAAUUACUUUGGAAGAAGCUGGAAGUACAGUCGCAGAGGCAAUCUUUUGUAACUGGAUUCUUGGUUACAAUACGACUCCUUUGGAUCGAGCAGUUGAACUGUUUUCUCGCAAUAACAGUGGUAACAAUGGUGGUCAUUUGGUGGUUUCACAGAGCCACUGGUUACUGUUGGAAACAGCAUGGUUUGAGUUCGUUAAGGGGCUUGAACCAAGUGGAUUUCAUACGUCAUCUCGAAUGGGAUGGUUUAGAAAUUGUUACGUGAGAGGACCCCAGACAAGAAUCCAAAGGGAUUGUAUUGAUGAAAAGUUGAUGAAAAUCGUCUUACCCGUGCUUGUUGCCAUGGAUCAUGAAAUUGGAUCCCGCCGUGUGGCGCUAAUCGCAGAUGUGACGCUUUUCCUAUUGAGGUUUGCAGAAGAAAUGGACCCUAACGUAAUGACUGAUAACGAAAAUGUACAAAAUUUGAUUUACAUUUUGCAGAGACGUGCAGACAGCAAGGAGAGGCUAUCAUUUAUGGAUUUACAGAGUGGCAUUAUCUCAUAUUUACAUGGGGUGGCAUUAGUACUAGCUAAUUUACCAUCUAUUGAUUCCGAUGUGAGAGUACCCUUGAUGGUAGCCGUACAAGGAUCACCACUACCUCGGAAGAGUCAAAGUAGUAGUAGCCCUUCUCCCGUGUGGCUAUUAUCACCUACAUCUGCAUGUUCAGCAGCCGAUGAAAAACCAAAAAGAACACGAUCUCAUAGUGGCUCUAGCAUUAUACUACCGCCUUUGCAAAUGAGACCAGGUUCCUAUGCAUACGAUCAUGCUGAGUACGUGCCACAAGCUCCAAUAGCAGCCCCAUUUGCCAGUAACACUACUUCCACCACGUCACCUACCAUGGAAACUUCUGUAUCGUGGCCAACGUCGAGGGGAUUUAAAGUAAGACUACCACCACCCAGUGAACUGUUCCAUAUCUCAUGA